AUGCGCUCUCCGCGCCGCAACGACGCCGAGACUGCACAACUCCAGCGUGCCACACACUUGGUGAUUUUUCAGCACGGACUUCUAGGCAGCAAACACGACUUCUCUCGCUUUGUGGAGAUCUUCCGGACGCAAUUCCAGAACGAUGAGCUGUUUUUGCACUCGGGCGAAAGCAAUGCCACCAGCUUCUUCCAGACGUACGAUGGUGUGGACCAGGGUGCCCAUCGCCUUGCCGAUGAGAUCCAGCAGCUGGCGGACAAGAUGUCCAAACUGCAGAAGCUUUCGAUGAUCGGCCACUCGCUGGGAGGGCUCUACAACCGCUACUGCAUCGGGCUGCUGCUCAGUCGCGGUUUCUUCGACAAGGUCGAGCCGAUGAAUUUCGUGACGUUGGCGACACCGCACCUCGGCAUCCGUCGUCCUCGUCGUGGCGCGACCAACGUUGUGUUCAAUGCGUUAAUGCCCAAGAUCUUUAGCAGAACAGGAGCACAGCUGACUCUGAGUGAUGAGGCGAGUGAGGAGACGUUGGAACUGAGCAAAUCUUCCACUGCAAACCUAGACAAGGACUUUCAUCCAGCUUGCUCUGCGAUGAAGGGAUCCUUGCUGAUCAGUCUUACGGUAUCGGAGAAGCGGCAAAACGACGGCCAGGAAGCAUUUGAGCUAUACGGUUGCACCCUCAGCGAUCGAAGGCUCCGUGUAUUCGAGGACAGAGACGAUGAAGCCCAGUCCAAGUUGAAGUUCGAGAUUGAUCUAUCCUGCUCCGACGUCAAGGUCCUGCUGCCUAGUGGGAAAAGCAUCGGCGACGACGCGAACUACUUCUCCAGUUUUAUUGGAUGGGGGCAGAAUGAUGACGAAGAGAGACCCGACGUCUUCGGCAACUUCGAUAUCCAGAUUCAGUGGUCCGCUGAGGCUUCAGAUUCUGGCACUACCAGCACGAAUGGUUGUGUGCUUCGUAUCCCAGAGGAAGAUAUUCAUCGCGACUGGAGAUGGCUCGUGGCGCUCAGUAACGCUAGCUUCGGUGUGCGCUGUGUGACUUCGAUAGCAAGCAUUAAGCAAGCAAAACCCCAAGAGACUGUCGCUCCACCCCUGCUCAGCUGCUUGACGCGAGGCCAGUUCAUGCAGGCGUUGCAGAUGUUCAAAGCACGCACUUUGUAUUCGAGCAUCUUUUUCGACAUGCAAGUUCCGUACACCUGUGCAGCAGUUCGUGCGUUUAAUCCGUAUCGCUCGCGCGCGAAGGAGCUUUUGAUGUCUCCUAUCUACACCCACAUUGUGCUCGACUCUCUGCAAAGCGCACGCAAGUUACGAGACACUAUUCCUCUCCAGGUCAAGCGUCUCGCCAUGAAGUAUAUGACGCCCAAGCACGCUGCCCUGUCCGAGGCUUUGAACGAGGACGAGCAGCUACGCAGUGGCCAAAAUGGCGAAGGCAGUGACAUCAGUAGCUCCAGUGCCCACAUGACCAGCAUCGGAAGCACUCGCCGUCAUGCUUCAGACCCUGGACGGAAGUCUUUGAAGGACAACGGUCGACACAGACAUCUCUUCCACAGUCGCCAUCGUGGGAGAACCGAGGGCAGUCUCUCUUCCCACCAUUCAGGCGUGUCACGUCCAGACCCUUUCGUCGAAGGCGACGUUAUCUUGGACCAACUCCCAUGA